GUUUGCACCACUCGGGUUGACGCCUCUGCUAGGUGUUGCUGGUGUUUUCAGGACAUCUAAGACUGGCGUCUCUGGCGUGGAUGGCGUCACGACACUGCGCCGGUUAACGAUCAGAACUAUUCAGGUCAUGUCAAGGACAGCCAAUCACAGUGAUUCACAGCCAACCACAGUCAAUCACAGCCAAUCACAGCCAAUCACAGCCAAUCACAGCCAAUCACAGCCAAUCACAGCCAAUCACAGCCAACCACAGCAAAUCACAGCCAACCACAGUCAAUCACAGCCAAUCACAGCAAUUCACAGCCAACCACAGCCAACCACAGCCAAUCACAGCAAUUUACAGCCAAUCACAGAGAUUCACAGCCAAUCACAGAGAUUCACAGCCAACCACAGCCAACCACAGCCAACCACAGUCAAUCACAGCCAAUCACGGCAAUUUAUAGCUAAUCACAGCAAUUUACAGUCAAUCACAGUCAAUCUCAGCCAAAUUUAUCCUCACACAGCCAAUCCCAGUCAAUAACAGCCAAUCACACAUUCAAAUGAACAUUUUGUCAAAACAUUCGAAUUCUUACCUCAUUUCUUUAAUAUUUAAAAUGUUAUGUUGUCCAUCAAACUAAUGAGAAGCCUGAUGUAUCACUGACUUAUGUAAUAAUAUAUGUAUCAUUGUUUUAGUAUGCGUGUCAUAGUUUUACUGUUAGGCCUCUCCUAUUUUAAAUAAUUUUAAAACCAUGAAAUAUGAAGUGUGAUUUCAAAUGAACGGUGCUCACGUCUGCAGUGUAAAGCAGUCGUUCGAUGAAAUUAACCAAUCAACCAAUAAGAAAGCUGAAUUGUUCUCCGUAAGGUCACGUGGUGUGUACGCUGUCUCUGUAGACUUCUCAAACAUAAACUAAUUUUAAAUCAGUGAGGAGAAGGGUUCGCUGAUUUUUUUAUUUUUUUUUCCGAAUUAAAAUUGGACUCGUCAUUUUGGCAAUAAAGUUCUGGCUAAAUUUUUGGAACUGGGUUCCUCUAAGGUAGCGGUUCUCAACCGGUGGGUCUUCACCUCUUUGAGGGUCGAACGACCCUUAUACAGGUGUCGCCUAAGACCAUCGGAAACCAAGUAGCAACGAAAAUAAGUAUGUGGAUGGGGGUCACCACAACAUAAGGAAUAGUGUUAAAGGGUUACGGCAUUAGGAAGGUUGAGAACCACUGCUCUAAGACCACGUGAUUUUGACAAAAUGGUCGGCUUAUCGAGACACAAGAGAGUGUACCUCCCAGCAUGCACCUGUUUGGUUCAAUAGACGUGAUAGGUUUAAAUGUGUUCUUUGAGACAGAUCGGAGGAUCAGUCUAAUCGAAAGUUUGUGUGACAGACGUAUGGGAAGUCUUGGUGUGUGUGAGACACAUUCUGUUUGUGACCCGUCUUACCCUGUCAUGACAUGCCCCCCUCUCACUGCAUGUCCCUGUCACUAAUGACCACGUCACCAGAUGCCCCUGUCACUACAUGUCAUUGUCACUACAUGACAAGUCUGAAAAGUUCAGGGCAUUUCAGAUGACCAAACGCUCAUGCCUUGUGAUGUGAACUGGCUCAGAAAUAAGGCAUUCGUGGUGUUGGACCGUUUCAGGUCUGUCAACAUUUCAGAUGGAUGAAAUUCUCGCCCCGUCACACCAGGUCGCGUUUGUGAAAGGUCAACAACGGUCAUCUACAGUCUUGUUGAGUGGCUCCGCGCUCCUCCUAAUGCGUCAUCCGGUAAGCCCUUAUCUGAAGAGCGCUCUACAACCUCACCCAGCGCUUUGCCGUUUUGUCCCGGCGCACAAAUGCACUCUGGGUCGUCUCAAUGGGCAGUACGUUAAACCACUUUGGUCAGCCAGCUCAAGAUCACGUGACUUGAGGAGGAGAUGGAAGAGUGGCGUCCAAGCUAGCAGUGGGAGAUGACUCUUACGUUACUGCAAGAGAGAGAACUCUGCCCGCAGUAGAGGAAGAGUGAAUCAAUAUAAGCUUGAUAGUGCCAUCUUUAAAUCUGUACACAGUUGGCUGUAUGACAGUGACUGUAUAAAAGUUGGCUGUAUGACAGUUGACUGUAUGAUAGUUGACUGUAAGAUAGUUGGCUGUAUGACAGUUGCUUCUAAGAAAGUUAUCUGUAUGACAGUCGGCUGUAUCACAAUGGGCUAUAAGACUGUUGGUUGUAAGACAGGUGGUUGUAAGACAGGUGGUUGUAAGACAGGUUGUUGUAAGGCAGGUGGUUGUAAGACAGGUGGUUGUAAGACAGGUGGUUGUAAGACAGGUGGUUGUAAGACAGGUGGUUGUAAGACAGGUGGUUGUAAAACGGACUGUGGGAUACGUUGAUCGUAGAACAAACGGAUUGUGGGAUAGAUUUAUGUAAAACAGAUAGAUUGUGCGAUAUAUUAAUUGUAUGAUAUAUUGAUUGUGUGAUUAAAUUGAUUGUAUGAUAUAUUGAUGGUGUGAAAUAUUAAUUUUAGAAAUAAGGGAUAUUUCGGAAUAGAUUGACUUGUAGUAAACAUUGAUUGAUAUACAAUAUAUAUUUUAGGAAAUAUAAUAGUCACAUGUGGAUAGUGAGUUAAAUGGAUGAAGGCGCCAUUUUGGGUGAAACUACCUGGAUACACAUAAAAAUGGAUGCGAGCAAUGUGGAGGAUACAGCAGAAACCAGGAGUGGAUAGGGAUAAAUGAGAAAUCAUCCACUCAAGCAAAGAGUGGAUAUGGAUGAGGUAAACAAACAUCCACUAACCCGGAUAUGUCAGUCUUAAAAGAUCCCAUUUAUUUCGUCCAGUAUAUGGUGUGUCAGGUACCGAGAAAUAGCCAAUGGGCGUGUUUAUAUACAGAGGAGUGCUGAGGGUAUCCAGCUGUUGGAUGGGAUGAUCCAGACAAUAUGGUGCACUUUGCAGUGGCGUCUUUAUGCGUGGGCUUACUGGACAGGGGCGCCUCACGGCCUGGACACACUGAACAGGGGCGUCUGAAGGCCUGGACACACUAAACAGGGGCGUCUGAAGGCCUGGACACACUGAACAGGGGCGUCUCACGGCCUGGACACACUGAACAGGGGCGUCUGAAGGCCUGGACACACUGAACAGGGGUGUCUUAAAGCGUGGGCACACUGGACAAGGGCGCCUCAAAGCGUGAGAACACUGGGUACAUGUUUCCAAUUUUUCUACAGGGAUAUUGUUAUAAUUUCUUUAGACUGGAUCUUGAUACAUGACGUAAUGGUGUACAUCUGGAGACACGCAGUCAAAUUAACGUAAUGGUGUACAUCUGGAGACACGCAGUCAAAUUAACGUAAUGGUGUACAUCUGGAGACACGCAGUCAAAUUAACGUAAUUGUGUACAUCUGGAGACACGCAGUC